GGCCCAGGAUUCCCCGGUGGCUCUGUCCGCUCCGGUGUCUCAACGUCGAUUUAAACUGUUUUAAUCGUACAGAGUCAGUGGCCGCUCGUGUCGGCAAAUCGUUCCUCGUCUUGUGAAACUCUGAAGGAUAAUCUGGCCGUGGUAUUGACUCUGUACUCGUCAAAGCCAGGGGAUCUAAACGCAAAUACGAGGCCCUCACUCCGUCCCCGGAUUCACCUGCUACGCGGAGAGCCUCACGCGGAAGACCGACAUGGGGGACACGGGGAGCGAGGGCAGCAAGCCUCCGAGUAACGUUAACGUGAUACCCCCGCGCUGCCCCUGUGGUUUCUGGGGGUCGAGCAAAACUAUGAAUCUCUGCUCAAAGUGUUUUGCAGAUAUUCAGAAGAAACAGCCAGACAAUGAUUGUGCCCCGAAGGCCUCCUCAAGCUCCAGCGGCAGCCAAGCAGAUGUCUUCUGUAAUGAAACAAACAGCAGCAUUAGUCAGUCACUGAUGUCGAUGCCUAACACAUCGGAAGACCCUUCGCCAGGAGAGACGGGAGCGACAUCUCUACCUGCUCAGGAUGAAGUAUCCAGCACAGACACAGUCUUCAGUUCACUCUCCACUCCCACAAAACGCUCCUUCGAGUCAGCCGGUGUAAAUUGGACACAGAGAUUUACCAGGAUAACAAAAGCCUCAGAGUCAGAGAGCGAUGUUUCACCCGAGAAGCGAGGACGAAUGGGUGACCUGCCAGAGGGUGAGGGGUCUUCAUCAUCAUCAUCAUCAUCAUCUUUGUCUGCAUCAUCAUCAUCCUCGUCUCGUAGUGGCUCUAAACAGCGGAGCCGCAAACGUUGCCAUCGAUGCCAAACCAAACUGGAGCUGGUACAGCAAGAGCUGGGUUCCUGUCGCUGUGGUUAUGUCUUCUGUAUGCUCCAUCGGCUCCCAGAACAACAUGAGUGUCUCUUUGACCACCUGGGCCGCGGUCGGCAGGAGGCUGUCCUAAAGAUGGUCAAGCUCGAUCGCAAGGUGGGCCGCUCAUGCCAACGCAUUGGAGAAGAGUGCUCCUGAGCGACCGUUCCCUCUGAAGAAUCUCGGUGUUCAGACGGUGUCUUGGCACAAACAGGGAUUUGAUUUUUUUUUUCUCCGUUUUUUUCAAAGAUUUUGCAGGUUUUUGGAUACAAACCUCUGCCCUUUUCUUUUAAAUUAUGCUCGCUCUUUUUGAAUCCCAGUGUCCCAGUUGUUUUCUUCUUCUGUUGGCUUGAUCAUAUCCCUGCUGCUAAGAUGCCUUUUGGAAAAUCCAAGCCCAGGAAUGACAGAACAAUAAAGAGCAAAUGAAAUUUCUUCACUUUUUUGUUGUGUAGUCAUCUCCUGGCUACACAAGUGUGAGCAGAAUAAGAAUGAAUAAAAGGAUGAAGAGAAGGAAUACAACGCUUUAUACAAAUGUUUGUCCAGGAAGCCAGUUUAAGACUAUACUCUUUACCUCAAAAAAGAAAGGAAAAAAACAAGAAUGACAAGGAGGGGGAGAGGGAGGAGGACGGGAUGGUUACCCUUUGUGUACACUUCUGCUUUGGCGCUGUCCAUAGACUGCUCUUUACCUCAAAAUCAGACAGAGCUUGCUUUGUGCUCUGCGCCAAGCAUAGACUUUGUGAAGCAAACCAAGCUAGCCAGCCUCAGUUUAAGUCAGUGUCUUACCCCCUGGCCAGCCACUACCCCUAAUCCUAAACCUUUAGAAACACAAACACCUGUUAAUCAUCCCACCUCAGGUUAUCAGGAUAUCAAGGCCCAUUCUUCAACCCUCCUCCCACCAACUUGCAUCCUUCUCUUUUCCUCUGCACCUUUUGCUCCUUUGUUUGUUUAAGAGUGUCCCACAGGUGUUUCUGCUUUGUUGUAGAAUCCAUUGUGGAUGAUGAAAUUGGGGUGAUGCUGUUAAGUCCAAAUUCAGAACUUGCAGUGUGAGCUGGACUCAAAUACAUGAUGGUGAGAGUGAGCUGGUUGUCCUUGGAUUGCUCACAAAUCUGUCUUCAAUGUUUGGACACGAUUGAUCAAGACUUAAUUUCUUGCGGAUUUUCUCUGUCUUCCUCUUUUAGUCUCGGUCUUCAUCACCUUAUUCUCCACAAGUCCUCCCACAUAAUGAAGACAUGUCCCUCAUAUAGUCUCUUUUCUGCAACGAGGAUUAGGAAUAUGUGUGUUUGAUAUGUACAAACUUGAGGAAGACAACAUUUGCAAGACAUGGCAUACAUUAAAGUAUGCGUAUGAUUUAUGACUGGACCUGAAAUGUCUGCAUUGUAUGCGUCCGCACAUCACUAUACUUUUGCAAAUACAUACACUUAUAUGUUUUAUGUGCUCAGCUGUUCACAUUGAGCACAAGCAGGUAAAAUCAAACAUUGCUGUACUCACUCAGAGGUUCCUGUUUAAGAUGGGUGAUGGUUGUUGUAGUUCAGGUUUGUUAUAAUGUCUUAGGCCUUCAUUUCAAUUAUCCGUAUUUUUAAGGUCAUUUUUGGCGACAGCUUUGAUACAAUACUUAAUAUUGUUUGGUUUUCACUCCUUUUACCAGUACUUCCUACAAUGCCUGAUGUUUUCAUUUCUAGAUAGCAUGAUGAGCUCACAAGCAUUCUGCUCCUCCUGCCUUCCACUUUUGUUUUCUCAUCUUCCCCUUAUUGAUUGCUCUAUUUUUCCUAGUACUGCUCCCCCGCCAUCAGCAGGGGUGAGCAGAGUGCUAAAAGUUGACAUCAGCAAAUAAUGACUUUCCAAAUGCUCUCCUGGUGGACUGUGGUAGGAAUGAACAGAAAAUGCAUAAUGAAUGAAUAUUCUGUAUCUUAAAGAAAUCCUUAUUUAACCCCUUUUUGCGUUUCACUUAGACUUUAGAGUAGAACUUCUUUUUUUGGGGUUGUAAUGUGGUUAUAAAAUGGGAAGAUGAAUGUGGAAAAAUCUUUAUAUUUGUUUCCAUUACUUUACAUUUUACCUCCCCUUUCCUACUUUUUCUUUUACUGAGAAAGAAUAAACUGGAUUAGACAAAGUG